AGUGGGAACGGUCUGUGUGCUGGAGAGGGAGAGAGAGGGAGAGAGAAGAAGAGUGUGAGAGGGAGGGGGAGAGAGAGCGGGAGAGAGGGAGACUGCUUUGGGGGCUGCUCGCACCCCUGCUCAGCAGCACAGGAGAGCUGAGCUUUACGCAGCAGCGCAGCAUGGCGCUGUUUUUGGACGCGUCCCAGACCAUGGGGGCCUACUACUGCCUCGUCCGACGCCGUUUCAAGAGGAGGCGCAAGAAGCGCUCUGAACGCAAAGGGCGUGUUGCUGCCCGCCAGCCCCGAGGCCAGCUGAAGUCCUUCACCAUGGACGUGGAUGAGGAGGAGAACAUGAGUUCAUGCAGCACCGACGUAAAGGAAAACCGCAACCUGGACAACGUGUCCUCCAAGGAGGGCGGGGGCGAGGCCGCCCAGCUCCCCAACGGCGGUGCCGGGGGGGGGCGCAAGCGGCCGCUGGAGGAGGGCAAUAACGGGCACGCGCACUCCAAAUUCCGGCCCAAGAAGCGCAAGAAAACGCCAGGCCCGGUUCUGCCCAAGAACGCGCUGAUGCAGCUGAACGAGAUCAAGCCGGGCCUGCAGUACAAGCUGCUGUCGCAGACCGGUCCGGUGCACGCGCCUGUCUUCGUCAUGACCGUGGAGGUGAACGGGCAGCUGUUCGAGGGCUCGGGCCCCACAAAGAAGAAGGCCAAGCUGAACGCGGCUGAGAAGGCCCUGCGCUCCUUCGUUCAGUUCCCCAACGCCUCCGAGGCGCACCUGGCCAUGGGCCGCACGCUCACCGUCAACACGGACUUCACCUCCGACCAGGCCGACUUCCCUGACAUGCUCUUCAACGGCUUCGAGACACCGGCCCCGCCUGACGACUCUUUCUACCUGAGCUCCAACGGUAACGGCGCGUACGGCUCGCUGGGCGAGUACCCCCUGCCCUCGGCGGCGGGCACCAACAGCCUGACACAGCCCCCGCUGCCUGCCCCCUCCUCCUUUACCUCCCCCGCCAGCGGAAAGAACCCGGUCAUGAUCCUCAACGAGCUGCGGCCGGGCCUCAAGUACGACUUUGUGUCGGAGAGCGGCGAGAGCCACGCCAAGAACUUCGUCAUGUCGGUGACGGUGGACACGCAGACCUUCGAGGGCUCCGGCCGCAACAAGAAGCUGGCCAAAGCCCGCGCGGCCCAGGCCGCUCUCUCAGCCCUCUUCAACAUGCAGCUGGACCAGACGCCCUCCCGCCAGCCAAUCCCCCGCGAGGGCCUGCAGCUGCACCUCCCCCAGGUCCUGGCAGACGCCGUCUCCCGUUUGGUGGUGGACAAGUUCAGUGAACUGACCGACAACUUCACCUCUCCCCACGCGCGGCGGAAAGUCCUGGCGGGGGUGGUCAUGACCACAGGCACCGACGUUAAGGAGGCCCAGGUCAUCUGCGUUUCCACGGGAACCAAGUGCAUUAACGGGGAGUACAUGAGUGACCGUGGCCUGGCGCUGAACGACUGUCACGCGGAGAUCAUCGCCCGGCGCUCCCUCAUCAGAUACCUGUACACCCAGCUUGAGCACUUCCUCAGCAACAGUAAAGAGCAGCACCAGAAGUCUAUCUUCACCAGGUGUGAGAAGCACGGCUACAGGCUGAAGGACAACGUGCAGUUCCACCUGUACAUCAGCACCUCCCCCUGCGGAGACGCCCGCAUCUUCUCCCCUCACGAAGCGGGCGUGGAGGACCAGGGAGACAGACACCCAAACAGAAAAGCCCGGGGGCAGCUGCGGACGAAGAUUGAGUCGGGAGAAGGAACGAUCCCUGUGAGGUCCAGCAACACCAUCCAGACGUGGGACGGAGUUCUGCAGGGGGAGAGGCUGCUGACCAUGUCCUGCAGCGACAAGAUCGCCAGGUGGAACGUGGUUGGGAUCCAGGGGUCACUAAUGAGCUACUUCACAGAGCCCAUCUACUUCUCCAGCAUCAUCCUGGGCAGUCUGUACCACGCAGACCAUCUCUCCCGCGCCAUGUACCAGCGAAUCGCCGACAUCGACGACCUGCCCCAGCCCUUCACCCUCAACAGACCCCUGCUCAGCGGAAUCAGCAAUGCGGAGGCGCGGCAGCCAGGCAAGGCGCCGAACUUCAGUGUGAACUGGGCGGUGGGGGACCAGGCGCUGGAGGUCAUUAACGCCACGACGGGGAAGGACGACAUGGGCCGGCCGUCCCGCCUCUGCAAGCAUGCGCUGUACAGCCGCUGGGUGCGCCUGCAUGCCAAGCUUUCAUCAACCCUGAGAAUCAAAGUGUCCAAGCCCAGCUCGUACCAUGAAGCCAAACAAGCCGCCGUGGAGUACCACACCGCCAAGCAGACGCUCAUCAAGGCCUUCCACAAGGCGGGGCUGGGGGCCUGGGUCAAGAAGCCAAUCGAGCAGGACCAGUUCUCCCUCAACUCCUGAGACGGGCUGGCCAGGGGAGGGGAGAAAGGCGCCAAACGACCAGCUGCGGAGACUUGUGUGUGUGACUGUGUGCGCGUGUAUGUGUACAUGUGCAUGUGCACGCAUGCGUACCUGCAUGUGUGCGUGUGCACACGCGUGUGUGUUUGUGCCCCUGGUCUCCCCCUUCUCUGCUCGUCUCUGUGUCUGUGUUCCUCACACGGAUCAUUGUUAGUCCUGCUACCGUCGCUGUUUAUAAGUGUGACGAUCAUUUCUGUUAAGUUAAUGUUA